AUGAAACGCAAAUCAAGUGAAUAUCUAAAUAAAUUUCUUGUAACUUUAAUUCGAAAAAGAAAUGAUAAAAUCACAGAAAUUCCAUUGCUGCUAGUACUCAUAGGUUUGCAUACUAAGGAAAUUCCUAUUAGAAAUUGCUCAAUUUCGUCUUUUUGGAUCUUCGAUGCAAUUGAAGAAAAUCAAUUUCUUGAUCUUAAAUCAACAGAAAGUCAACUUGUUGACAGACUUCUAUGUGCACUUUGA